CCUUCUAGAAGGAGAGACCAGAGCCACGAAACAUGAAGCCUGAUCGCUUAUUUUUUUUUUUUUUUUUUGGCCCCGGAGUGCCCGCGGUCACGGUACUUUGGGGUUAUGACAGGCUGUUUGACUUCCAUGGAUAAUCCCCUUUAAUUAUUUAGGCUGACCACUCACCGGACCUGUUUCGCCUGUGCAACUUCACCAGUCGGAGGUCAUGCUCAAAUUGUCAGUCAGAUACUUUAUACAUACUCUGUGUACAACAUACCACAACACACACGCACACACAUAGAAAGUACAUACAUGCUGGAUCGGAACCCACCACGCCUUGUACAUACACCCACACACCCCUCCCCACACCCCUCUUCCCGGCACUUUUCGCGCCAGAGAUCGUCGCCUUUGCCCCUUAGGCAAGUUCACCCGUUAUGUUAGGUAACCCUCUCGACGGGGCCGCCUGCGGAUGUUGGCGCAUGCUUGACACGCCCGGUCGUGCGGCGUUGCUAGUCCUCGAAAGUCAGGUAUUGCACCCGGAACCCCUGAUCACAAGCACUUGAUCACGGCGGGAGCACCCGCGCGCCUGAACGGGACCCCAGCCAAUGCCGGACCAGAGGCCGAAGCGGGAAGGUGUCUUGCUUUCUGGCCUGCCCUUUUCUUUCAACAAUGGGCAAUACGGGUCAGCGAAACCCUUCCUAGUCCUCGCAGCAAACUCGAGCUGCUAUCAGAUUCCCGGGAAGCGGCCUGCCACAGCCGCUCAACCCGGCCUUGGCAUGGCCAGGCGGCCCUUUCAUGUGUCGAAAGCGGCAGGUCAUCAGCACAGAUCUCGAGGGUGGGAAAGAGAGGGGGGGGAGGGGCGAUGCUGGGGCGAUGCUGCUUGGAGCCGCAUCCGGGGAGGGGGCCCUGCUGUUCAUCCAUAUCCAGGAUGAUGCGAGAUUGAAGCAAGAUAAAUAACACGGCUUCCCCCUCCCCUUUCGAUCCGGACCAGACCAUCGUCUCCAACACCCCAAAGUCGAUCCGACAAGUCCCAAUCCACCCCGCCCGCCCCUCCCUCCGUCGCCGUCCCGGUCUUCCGAUUUCGUCAAGAUGCACUUCUCCACCGCUCUCCUGGCCUUCCUGCCCGCCGCCCUCGCGGCCCCUACUGCCGAGACCCUCGACAAGCGCGCCCCGAUCCUGACUGCUCGCGCUGGCCAGGUCGUCCCGGGCAAGUACAUCAUCAAGCUCCGCGACGGAGCCAGCGACGAUGUCCUUGAGGCCGCCAUCGGCAAGCUCCGCUCCAAGGCCGACCACGUCUACCGCGGCAAGUUCAGGGGCUUUGCCGGCAAGCUCGAGGAUGACGUCCUUGACGCCAUCCGUCUUCUCCCCGAAGUCGAGUACGUCGAGGAGGAGGCCAUCUUCACCAUCAACGCGUACACCUCGCAGUCCAACGCCCCCUGGGGCCUUGCGCGCCUCUCGUCCAAGACCGCGGGCUCCACCACCUACACCUACGACACCAGCGCCGGCGAGGGCACCUGUGCCUAUGUGAUCGACACGGGCAUCUACACUAGCCACUCCGACUUCGGCGGCCGUGCCACUUUCGCCGCCAACUUCGUCGACAGCUCUAACACCGAUGGCAACGGCCACGGCACCCACGUCGCCGGCACCAUCGGCGGCACCACGUACGGUGUUGCCAAGAAGACCAAGCUCUACGCCGUCAAGGUUCUCGGCUCCGACGGCUCUGGCACCACUUCUGGUGUCAUUGCUGGCAUCAACUUCGUCGCUGACGACGCGCCCAAGCGCAGCUGCCCCAAGGGCGUCGUCGCCAACAUGUCGCUCGGCGGUAGCUACUCGGCCUCCAUCAACAACGCCGCCGCCGCCCUCGUCAGGUCGGGCGUCUUCCUGGCCGUCGCCGCCGGCAACGAGAACCAGAACGCCGCCAACUCGUCGCCCGCCUCCGAGGCGUCCGCCUGCACCGUCGGCGCCACCGACAGGAACGACGCCAAGGCCAGCUACUCCAACUACGGCAGCGUCGUCGAUAUCCAGGCCCCCGGCUCCAACAUCCUGAGCACCUGGAUCGGCAGCACCUCUGCUACCAACACCAUCUCGGGUACCUCGAUGGCCUCCCCCCACAUUGCCGGCCUCGGUGCCUACCUCCUGGCCCUCGAGGGCUCCAAGACCCCUGCCGAGCUCUGCAACUACAUCAAGUCGACCGGCAACGCCGCCAUCACUGGCGUUCCCAGCGGCACCACCAACCGCAUCGCCUUCAACGGCAACCCCUCUGCCUGAAUUGUUUCCCGCGAUCCGGGACAAAAUGGGGCAUGAGCACUUCCUGCACCUCUUCUUAUUCUAGAGGAUUCGGGAGUGGGGAGCCGGCAAAAAAAGGAGGUGGUGGAGGAGGAGGAGGAGGAGAUAACGGCCGGGGUCUUCUCCGAGCG